AUGGAAAAUACCUUGAUGAGUUUAAUAUUAUACAAACAAGUUAAUGAACCAAUAACCACUAUUAAUGCGUCUAAUGAUUCAAGUGGUGACUCUAGCGGCAAUUCAAUUGAUAAUAAUAGCUUAGUACUUGCCAAUGGUUCUAUUAUUUUGAGAGAUCCUAGAUCCAACACGUUGGUUCUACAUAAUAAUGUAUCUGAUAAAAUUACCCUAUUGCAAUCUAUAUUUCAUGAUUUAGAAUACACCUGUCCCACGUGUGGCCAUCCACUAAAAGAUAAAGUUGAAUAUGAAAACCUAAAAAUAAGGAACAACACCAACAGUACAAAUAUGAAAGUUAGAGAUAAUCUUUAUUCAACUUCAACAAAUAAUAAUAAUAAUAAUAACAACAACAACAACAAUAAUAAUAGUACUACCACUAAUAAUAAUAAUGACAAUAAUAUAGAUUUCGACAACAGUGCUUCGCAAAGGUUUAUUCACGAAAACUAUUUCAGAUUAUUGAACAAGGGCUUAUUAGCCGAUAAAUCAAAUAUUUUACCAGCAUCCACAUCAUCACAGUCUUCUUCUUCUUCUUUUUCUUCUCCUUCUUCCUCCUCUCCUUCUCCUUUGGAUCAUAUACCCGCUUCAUUAUUUACUCAGGGAUACUAUAAAACUUUUUUUAAAAAAUUAGCAUUAUUAGGAAUCGGUGCUCGAGGAUCCGUUUUUAAAGUUCAACAUGUCUUAUUGAAUUCUAUUAAUCUUGGUGUAUAUGCUUUAAAGAAGAUACCCAUUGGGAAUAACUUAGAUUGGUUGGCCAAAGGUAUGUCGGAAGUUCAAUUGUUAAGCAAAAUCACUAAUAAUCAUCCAAAUUUAAUUAGUUAUAACCAUGUAUGGUUGGAAAUGGACAAUAGUAAUGGUAUAAUUCAAAGUGACGAAAAUACUAUCAAUAAAAGCGAAAACAUAUUUUUGAGUGAUCAGCAAGUAAUGAAUUCGACCACUGAGAAUCCAGGAUAUUCCAAGGUACCGUGCAUUUUUAUCUUGCAGCAAUACUGUGCGGGUGGAAACUUGGAGGAUUGUUUGAAAAGAAAUGUUUGGAACAUUGAAAAUGAAUUUGAUUCAAGAGAGGAAAGAAAAAGAAAAUUUAAAAACAUGAGAAUGAAAAGACGGCUGAGUAACAAUGGCAGCAAUGUUAACAUAUUUAAUGAAGGAUUGUCUACUUCCAAUAUAGUUUCUAUUUUGAAAGAUAUUGCAUGUGGACUACAUAAACUACAUGAACUUAAUAUAAUCCAUAGAGAUUUAAAACCGUCAAACUGUUUAUUGACAAAAAAAUACGAGGCUGGUGAUCCUAAAUUUCCCACAAUAGUUAUAAGUGAUUUCGGUGAAAGCCAAAUUGAGGGUCAGCUAAGAACAGCUACUGGAGCUACAGGUACAAUUGAGUUUACAGCGCCAGAAGUUUUGAUUGACAAAAAUACAAACUCAUCUACCGCCAACAGUAUUAAGACAGUUGCUAAUAAUACGAAUAAUAAUAAGUAUUGUGAAUUUACUUUCAAAUCCGAUAUGUAUUCACUAGGUAUGGUGGGAUAUUUUUUAAUUUUUAGAGAGUUACCUUGGGAAAAGAUCCCAACAAUGUCGGAAUUGAAAGUUCGGAUAAGAUCGUAUGUAUUUAGUUCGGAAAAAAUGCGAGAAAACUACCAUUUUGCACCGGAAAUUGACCCCAGACUUUUUAAACUAUUGGAGAAUUUACUUUCCCAUGAUCCCGAAACAAGGUUUUCAACUGAUGAGGUGUUAAUAUUUUUGGAGUCUAUUGAAAGUAUUAAAGACGAGACUGAAAAUACUAAAAAUGAGACUGAACAUGUGAGAGCUAAUUCAAUUAGCAAAGAAAUGGAAAAUGAGCUACUACCUGAUGAAUUUCUUAAAGAUAACGAUGAUAUUAAUAGCAAUCUUCAUGAUAAUGGUAAGUCUGAUAAUAGUAUUAGUCAUGUAAAUAUAAACGCAUCUAUGGAGAAUAAUAAACCCGAGAAAUUCCAAUACAAGUUAUUAGCCUUUUUAGUGAACUCCAUGCUAUGCUUUAUAUUAUUUUUUAAAGAGGAUGAUCAAUUUCCGUUUCAAGAAGCGGUGAGGUAUGGUCUGAUAUUAAUGUUAGGAUUAACUUGGAACUCAAUUUAUUUUGCACGCAUUUUUCAUGCCCUAUUGAUAAUUGGAAUUUUAUUAGUAACAUUGCUGUAA